AUGACGCUAGAAUUUCCCAUUGUCUCUGCCUACCUUUACUUUUCUAUUGCACUUAAAGAAGCUAGUGCGAAGUUAAUCAUGAACACCCCAAGCUCUGAUGAGCCUCUUGGAAGUCCCCAAGGCGGGCCCUCGACAAUCGAGCAAUCUGCCGCUCAGGAUCGCGUGAUUCGCUCGCCGCCAGGCCCGCUGGGACAGAAGGGCAAACGGGAGGAGUCGGAAGACAAGGAAGACAGCGAUUCCGAUGACGACCAUCCAGCCACCAAAAGGCGCCGCAGGUUAGGUACUCAUUGUAGGCUCGACUCGUCGCGACCAUAUGUUGAGUGCCCGGACGAUGCCAACUGCACCCAAGAAGCCACUCAGCCAACUGAACCGAUUGUGUCUCCACUGAUCCGCAUGGCCAAGACUGCACCUGAACUUGUCGGCGAGAUUGCGUCUUACUUGCCUCGAACAACUCUUGUCCAGAUGACCAAAGUUGCCCAUCUGCACACAGAAGCUCGUCGCCACCUUUAUCGCCACUUCCACAUCCGGAGCGGGUUGUCUUUCGAAAAUGCGAUCAACACAUUGGUGAAAAUGCCAAAGCUCUAUUCAUAUAUUCGCUGCUACAAGAUAUCGAACAUAUCGACUAUCCAGUGGUGGACAACCAACUCGUCUCAGCUCCCGGCCGUUCUCGCGAAGGACCACAAUGAUGCAGACAUUCUAACUCGCGGCACCUACAACAUCAUGGCUUCUAUACCGCUUGUGAAAAUGACCAAUCUCAGAGUCUUACAUCUUUGCAGCAGUGAUAAGAAAAAAGUACGAUUAGUAUCACAAGAUCUCUACUUCUGGCGGGUUCUUGAUUGCUCAAAUCCCAAUGAAUGGGUAUGGGAAGCGGCCUUCACCAAGAAUAUCCACACUAUCACAAUCAAGCGCAUCGACUUUUCCACACGACACGUUCUCGGUCUGAUGGCUCUCUCGAACUUGCGCAGGCUAGAAGUGAAUACCAUUUUCGAUCCUGACGAAGAUGAAGACGAAGGUGAAGACGUCAUCCAUGAGGGGGUGCCUGAUGGUAGCUCUGGUGUCACUGAAUUGAUCUUCACGAUCGAUCAGGUAAAAUUCCAUCGUCUUCGCUACUGCAUCUGUGCCCCCAAAACCCUCAAAAAGCUUGCAUUGGUCGUGAACCGAAACCUUCAUUGGCAUGAUAAAAAAUCGGUCUUGGAGCUGUUGGUUGAUCGCCACGUUGAAUCGCUGGAGGUUCUCAUCCUUCCGUUACAGUAUCCGGAAGGUAUUUUAUGCGAAAGACUUUCAAUGUUCACUCAACUCAGGAUGCUCCGUAUCCCAGGAUGGAGUAUAUAUGAUGUCGGUGGUACCGAACCACAAAUUGAUCGACUUCCCAGCAGUCUUGAAACCUUGGAGCUGUUCCAGACCUGGUGCUAUAGUGUCGAGGAUAAAAUGACGCAUCUGAUGGAUGUGAUAUUCAGAGAGAAGAUACGAAGAAUGGUGAACCUCAAACUGGUCAUUAUCGGCGCGUGCUCGACGUUUCGGGGAGAUCCGGAUAAGAUUGUCGAGGGCUCGAUUAUGAAUGGGGGAGUCUAUGAGCGCACCAUGUUGGAUUUGGUGGUUCGUAUUAUGAAUCAUACACUUGACAAGGGCCACGUGGAUGACGUGUACCCUCAUUUCGGGGAAUGGACAAGCUGCGAGGAGGUGUAAUGGCAGAAAAUUU